UCGUGGCAAAAAUGAAGYUUGUCAUCGUACCCGGUAAUGGUGCUGGAGACAUAGAACAUUGUAACUGGUAUGGCUGGCUUCGAGACAAGCUGAAAAAGGAUGGCAUUGAAUGCUUACUGAAGAAUAUGCCAGAUCCAGUUGUUGCAAGAGAAAGUGUCUGGCUUCCAUUUAUGGAGAAGGACUUGCAAUGUGAUGAGAAUACAGUCAUAGUUGGUCAUAGCUCUGGAGCUGAAGCUGCAAUGAGAUAUGCUGAAAAYCACAAGGUCCAUGGUAUAAUCCUUGUGUCUGCAUGUUUCACAGACCUAGGCGAUGAUAAUGAGGCAGCUAGUGGAUAUUACAACCAUCCAUGGGAGUGGCAACAAAUGAAGAAAAACACAGAAUGGAUUGUCCAAUUUGGAUCAACAGAUGACCCUUUUAUUCCUUUUGAAGAAGAACAACAAUAUGUAGCCACAAAUACRGAAGCUGAACUACACAAGUUCAGCAACAAAGGYCACUUCAUGCAAACACGAUUUCCAGAACUAUUGAAGAUAAUCAAAGAGAAAAUAAAGAAUUAAGAAUGGUURAGAAAAGUGACACCUCACAAA